GAGCCCAGUCCUUUUCUGGGAAGCAAGGCAGCCAGAGAGGGAGGAGGGGAGGAAAGGAGAGGAGAGGGGGAAGGAGGGAUUCGUCCCGAUGGCAAAGAACUUUAAGUUUGAUUUUUUUCUGUGCCGAUCAGAGAAACCUCCAGUCUGAAAUCUGAAACUGUAGAAUUACUGUUGGAGGAGGUGAGUCAGGCGUGUUUUCCCAUCCUCUCAGUUCAUUUCCCCAUCCAUUUUCCUCAAACUCUAAAGCAUCCACAGUUCUAGAGGAGCCUUUUCUGUGUGUGACCACUUCUGUGGAUGGUCCUAUAGGAGAUGACGUUCCUCAUGGCACUUCAUCUGAUUGGUCUGUUGGUGACGCUGUGGUCCAGCAGCCCCAGUCUGGCCACACCCCUCCCUUUCAGCAUUUCAUUGGAGGGAAGUGCAGAGGGGGAGGAGCUAGACAGCCUCAAUGACACGCCUUCCCCACCUGCCACCAGUGGCCCUGCCUCGGAGUCCUCAACCACCUCACAUGGCUCCACCCACAUAGAGCACUUCUUGCUCAGCCAAAUGGUUCACUUCCUGCAGGAUAACCUGUUCCUCAUCCUAGUUUUCUUCACACUCUUCAUCACUAUCUUCCUCAUCCUCUGCUGUGCUUGCAUCAUGAGCCGCAAACGAAAGAUCAAUGCCUACUACCCCUCGUCCUUCCCCUCUAAGAUGUACGUGGACCAGAGGGACAAGACCGGAGGUACCAAGCUUUUCAACGAGUUGCCAGAGAAACCCUCCAACCGGCAGCAGGCUGAGCCAGUCGACUCCAGCAAGAAGCUCCAUCAUGACAUCAUGAAGGCAGCCAAGAACCUCCGUACUCUCUCCAAGCCUCCCCUGGGAGAGCAAGAGGGAAAAGACCCCACACAGAUAUCUGCAGCAGCAGAGAGAAGUCAUGAGGUGAAUGUUCAGGCUGUGGGAGAAAUAAUAGAGAAAGACAAUCAGCCAUCAAAUCCACCAGAGCUGAGUGAGGAGGAGGUAUGCCAGCUCUCAGUCAAUGAAGCCCAACAUAGCAGCUGCCCUGAGCAGUCAGAAAUCCUUCCGGAACAGACAGGCCUAAAAAAGGAUGAUGAGUCAUUCACAUGAGCUGAGUCUCCAUCUGGCCAAGGGCACUCACAGGCUCAGCAGGAAAAGGACAGGCAAGAGGACUCCACUGUCACACUGUCUAUUCUGUUGAUCACUGGAGAGAAAACAGCACUUUUGCUAUGCUCUCGACACUGUUUGAUCUCAAUGGUUUGGACCAAUUUUGCAUGAGUGACAAUCUAAGGCAAACCUGUCAGCUUUGUUUACUGCUCUUUGGAUUUACCAAAUUAUGUCUGUUCAGUUAUAUGUAAUCAUAUACUUGAUUUACUUCUGUUUCCCAGUAGCCAUCUUUCAAUGUGUCUCCCUAAAAGUACAACACUAUGUAACCUGCCAUCUUUCAAUGUGUCUCCCUAAAAGUACAACACUAUGUAACCUGCCAUCUUUCAAUGUGUCUCCCUAAAGGGUUAACACUAUGUAACCUGCCAUCUUUCAAAGUGUCUCCCUAAAGGGUUAACACUAUGUAACCUGCCAUCUUUCAAUGUGUCUCCCUAAAAGUACAACACUAUGUAACCUGCCAUCUUUCAAUGUAUCUCCCUAAAAGUACAACACUAUGUAAACCUGCCAUCUUUCAAUGUGUCUCUCUAAAGGGUUAACACUAUGUAACCUGCCAUCUUUCAAUGUGUCUCUCUAAAGGGUUAACACUAUGAAACCUGACCAUACACCCCUAUAUAUGCUGUCUUGUUUGAUGUUUGUGUUGUUUUUAUUUGUAUUUGUACAAUGGCCAAAGUAAUGGUGCUGCAUCUUGUUUUUCUCCCUCUUUCAUUCUUUGGUAGGUUAGUGAGGUGUUAAUCCUAGGUUAGAGAUCAUUUUCAGGGCAAUUUGAGGUUGCUUUUUCUUGAAGAACAAAUAUGGAUAAGUACAGGGCAAGUUAGCCUAUUUUAGAAUCCCAGAGUUAAAUACUUACACACUCCUCUCUAACAUGUAGGCUCAGCAAUCCCGAACAGUCCCAUUACAAGUCAUAAUGUUGAACACACUUUAUUUAAAUUGACUAAACUUGUCCACCGAUUUUGUCCUCAUGUCAGAAAUAAUCUGAUACAAAAUAUCCACAUAGAAGCAUUAUCAAGCUUGUAGAGACUAUUGCACUUUUUUUUUUACAGCGAUUGAGUAACCAUGGUAACAGUCUAGUGUUUAGACAAAGGUUAAGUUCACCAUGAGCACCUCAAGGUGCAGCAUCUGCCACAACUUGAACUCAGACAGUAUGUCUCCAACAUUAAGGGAAGUAUAUUUACAUUAUAAAACCUGUGUAGUUAGUCAAAUGUUUAUCCUUUCUCUUGAAACAUUUCCAUUAAAGGGCCAAUCUGGAGUUCAAAAAGCUGUCACCCCACCAUUGGUUUUGGUAAAGAGCUGAGAGAAAUAGAACCACUCAGUCAUAGACAGAGCUAUGGAUACAAGGACUGGACAUCCAUAAGCUCAAAUGGAUUGUUUUAACCAUGUUUUGAAGCUAUACAGUACGUUUACAUUUACAAACAUUGGGAGUUAAACAAGUGUAUAUUUUGGGUUUCGAUGGGGCGCAACAGUUGAACUAAGCUCAUUAAGUAUUUAUAAGUUCUAUUCAUCAAGAAUCAAUGGCUAUAUGAAUCAUUCAUUAAAGCUGUAAUAUGUAACCUUUUGGGCAACCUGAGCAAAUUCACAGAAAUGACUUGUGUCAUUCUCAUUGAAAGCAAGUCUAAAAAGUGGCAGAUCUGUUCUAUGCUUCCCGUUCUUAAGUUAGUUUUAGAGGCUUUGACUUUCGGUUUUGUACAACAGCUUCAAACAAUAUUUUUGCUUACGCGAAACGUAUUUCACAGCAGUUUAGAUGUUACAAUGAUUCUCUACACUACACUUGCUUUUGUCACAAAGUGAAAUUAGGCAAACUUACAAUUUCAGCAACCAGGAAAUGGCAGAGCAAUUUCUGCAUAGUGCAGAAUCCAAAAGUAGAUGUAGCAACUCCAAAAUGAUCCAUUAAGUGACAACUGUUGCUCUGCUGCAGAACCAGGACCUGUGAAAGAACUUGGGAAAGCAUCAAACAAUACCAGUCUACUGUACUCGUACUGUGACAUUACAAUAGAGGCUGGUUAAUCGUGUGUAGUGUGGUUGAAAACAUGACCAGACACAUACCAAAAAUGGUUGUAGAGGUGCUGCUUUCUUUAUUUUCAGUGUUCUUUGGUUGAAUAUGGUAGAAAUUGUGAAGACAGUAAAGAGAAUCUAAAAUGUGUCGUGUUUGGUAUUUGAUAAAAGCAGAACCAUGAUCUGCAUUUAUGGAUGAAGUCAAAUGUCUUUACAUGGCUCCGGAUAAAGUAUGCCAACGCUGCCAUCUAGUGGAGAAUACAAGCAUUGCUCUAAUUUCUGGUUGUCUGCACACUGCUGAGAAAUACAAGACAAUACCUUAACCGGAUUAUAGACCUUGCAUGACAAAAAAAAAAAA